AAUCAGUGAGUGAACUGACCAUGAAUGAAGAUUUAUCUGAAAACAGGAAUAUUUCUAUUCCAUCUUAUUUCUAUAUCAGAGGUUUUUCUGGUAUACCUCACAUAAGAUAUUAUUACAUGUUCUUGUUUUUUGUUUACAUUAUUUCUUUGCUUGGAAACUCAUGCCUCAUGCUUGUUAUCAUUAUAGACCGAACUCUUCACACUCCUAAAUAUAUCGCUGUCUUUAAUUUAUCACUGACAGACAUUUGUGGGAGUACCGCUGUAAUCCCUCAGCUACUGGACACAUUUUUGUUUGGGAAUCAGUUGAUCUCGUAUGGAUUGUGUUUGUGCAAUAUGUUCUCUGUCUUUGUAUCUAUUACAACACAGUCACUAACUCUUGCUGUUCUGUCUUUUGACAGAUUCAUAGCCAUUUGUUUACCACUGAGGUAUCAUAUGAUUGUGACUCAUAGAUCAAUGCUUAUUAUAAGUGGAGUCACAUGGGUAGUGGCACUGCUUAUGGUAACUGUUGCUACAAUCUUCAUCAGUAGACUUUCUUUCUGCAGAGUUAUUGUCAUCAUAAAGAGUUUCUACUGUGAUCAUGGGCCUAUAUAUCGCUCUGCCUGUAGCAAUAACUUUCCAAGUUCUGUGAUAAGUGAUUUUUACCCGAUAAUGAUUAUCGGGUUUCCAGUAUUUUUUAUCAUCUUUUCAUAUACAUGCAUAGCUGUAACAUUGUUUAGAAUUACAACCCCACAAGACCGUCAAAGAGCCACAAAAACAUGUACUGCUCAUUUAAUAUUAGUGGCUAUAUUUUAUGCUCCCAUCACGUUUACAUAUGCACUUGCGCCCAUUAUAGACACUAACACAAGGAUCAUUAAUCUCUCUCUGACCUCUGCACUUCCUCCAAUGCUUAACCCUAUAAUCUACACAAUCAAGACGGAGGAGUUCAUGGUGUCUGUGAAGAGGCUUCUUAAACGGAGAAUCAUAUUUCCAUCUCCAAAAUAAACCUCUUUUUCCACAUUGUAAUUACAUUAUUAGACGCUUUUGUGGUUUUUAUUGUUUUUUUUUCUGUGGAUGUUUAGAAUAAUUUAUGCUUCUAUAAUAUCACAGGUUAUAAAAAGUCAGACAACAGGUAUCAUGACCUUAUAAACCCACAACAAAUUUUGAAACCACCAACAAACUAUUGAUGGGUUUGGUGAUACCUGUUGAUAAUUUCCCUAUCUGACAUGGCGACACACGAAACGCGAGGAAAAGAA